GAGUGAGUGAGUGAGUGUGAGUGAGUGAGUGAGUGAGAGCCUCUCUGGCCUCUCGCACUGUGUGACACACCGUCUCUCUCUCUGACGGUCGGUGGCUUUUUGUCUGGAACCGACGGGUCGUUUGUCCGCACCGAUCUCGCGGAGAAAGUCACACGGGUCCGGGACCGGGACCGGGGAGCUCGGCAUAUGGCUUCACUCGCGGCAUCAUCUGCCGACCAGCUUCGCGUUUGAUGAGAAUGUCAGUCAGCAUGCACGAGAAUCGCAAAUCCAGGGCCAGCAAUGGCUCCAUGAACAUUUACCUCUUCCACAAGACUACCUACGCGGACAGUGUCCUCACCCAUCUUAAUCUCUUACGACAACAGCGUCUCUUCACAGACGUCCUCCUGCACGCGGGCGAAAAGACCUUCCCUUGCCACAGGGCUGUCCUGGCAGCCUGCAGCCGAUACUUUGAAGCUAUGUUUAGCGGAGGACUUCGCGAGAGCAAAGACAAUGAAGUGAACUUUCACGAUUCCAUACACCCUGAGGUCCUGGAGCUUCUGCUGGACUAUGCUUACUCGUCUCGUGUCCUCAUCAAUGAAGAAAAUGCAGAGUCACUGCUGGAGGCUGGGGACAUGCUACAGUUCCAAGAUAUCCGAGACGCUUGUGCUGAAUUCCUGGAGAAAAAUCUGCAUCCCACAAACUGCCUUGGAAUGUUGCUGCUCUCUGACGCCCACCAAUGCACUAAACUUUAUGAACUGUCCUGGAGGAUGUGCCUCAGCAAUUUCCCAACCAUUAGCAAGAGUGAAGAUUUUCUACAACUGCCGAAGGAUACAUUGGUGCAACUUCUCUCUAGCGAAGAACUAGAGACGGAAGAUGAGAGGUUAGUUUAUGAGACUGCCAUAAACUGGGUGAAGUAUGACUUGAACAGACGCCACUGUUGUUUGCCAGAACUGUUGCAAACAGUUCGACUAGCCCUCCUUCCAGCUGUUUACUUGAUGGAGAAUGUGGCCAUAGAGGAGCUUAUCACCAGGCAGGUGAAGAGUAAAGAGAUAGUGGAAGAAGCAAUACGCUGCAAAUUGAAAAUUCUACAAAAUGACGGAGUGGUGACCAGUCUUUGUGCAAGACCUCGUAAAACUGGCCAUGCCUUGCUCCUGCUUGGAGGACAGACCUUCAUGUGCGACAAAGUAUAUUUAGUAGACCAUAAAGCAAAGGAGAUCAUUCCAAAAGCAGACAUCCCCAGCCCACGCAAAGAAUUUAGUGCAUGUGCAAUCGGCUGUAAAGUGUAUGUGACUGGAGGUCGAGGAUCAGAAAACGGUGUCUCCAAAGAUGUCUGGGUGUACGACACACUUCAUGAAGAAUGGUCCAAAUCAGCUCCUAUGCUGGUUGCAAGAUUUGGCCAUGGCUCUGCUGAGCUGAAGCAUUCUCUGUAUGUAGUUGGUGGACACACAGCAGCCACCGGACGGCAACCGGCAUCACCUUCUGUGUCUCUGAAGCAAGUGGAACAGUAUGACCCAGUGACCAACAAGUGGACAAUGGUAGCCCCUCUUCGGGAAGGUGUCAGCAAUGCAGCUGUGGUUAGUGCCAAACUAAAGUUAUUUGCCUUUGGUGGUACUAGUGUGUGCCAUGAUAAACUGCCUAAAGUACAGUGUUAUGAUCCUUGUGAAAACAGAUGGACCGUGCCAGCUACCUGCCCUCAGCCUUGGAGGUACACAGCUGCAGCUGUGCUGGGGAACCAAAUUUUUAUCAUGGGCGGGGAUACAGAAUUCUCUGCAUGUUCUGCAUACAGAUUUAACAGUGAGACCUAUCAAUGGACAAAGGUUGGGGACGUAACAGCAAAGCGAAUGAGCUGCCACGCAGUAGCAUCUGGAAAUAAACUCUAUGUAGUUGGAGGCUAUUUUGGCACUCAGAGAUGCAAAACACUGGACUGCUAUGACCCCACACUGGACACAUGGAACAGCAUUACUACAGUCCCUUACUCACUUAUUCCCACAGCAUUUGUCAGCACAUGGAAGCACCUCCCUGCGUAGAAGAUUUUAUAAGACUAUAGAGAAUUCUGUGUCGGCCGAUAUGAAGAUUCCCUAUACUGUGAAGAAAUACAACUUAAAUGAAGAAAAAUAAAACAAAUCCUUCGCCGAGGUAACAUUGCUUGGUUCAGCAACCAACACAACACCGGCAUGAUGAAAAUCUGUUCACUUUAGGAAGCAACUUGUAGAUGAUGGUCACCAGUGAUAGUUAAUAGUGAAAUAGUAGUCGGUCUUCAUCAACGCCACAAAAGUAGAAGAAAAACGACUCAUCAUCACCUCAUCUCCACAUUGUUCUCACUUUUCAUUGACUCCAACAUUUGUGUGUGAAAUUUGAAAUAGUUGUCACCUCGUAUUGUGACAUUUGAAGUGUCAACAACAGCUGCGAGCAAGCAGGCAGAUUCUGAGGUGUUGAUGUCAGCCCGGGCGGACAUACAGCUCUAUCUGACGAACCUUUUGCGGAUGGAGCUGUGGACAUUGGACAUGGUAGCUGUGACUGUGCUGAGGGCAGCUAUUAUCCUGUUUCAGGAGCUCCAUGCUUUAAAGCAGCAAAAUCCUUCAGGCCCUAGAGCCAGGAGUCGACAUCAAAAAUGGAACAACAUCUUUAAAGGUCAAUUUUAUUAAAAGAAAAUGAAUGGCCCAAGAGUCAGCGAUAUUGAUUUUGUAUGAAUUUUAUUUAUGUCUGUUUUUUUGUAAAUUGUAGAAUAGGUAUUUAUUGCUCAGUUAUACGACUCGCACGUUGGAAUGACAAGUAAAUGUCUUUUUCAUAUUAAAGUUUUUUAAGUGGAAAACUAUUUGCACAAUUGUUAGGCGGGCGGGGAAGGAGGAUUGGGUAUUGUGUCCGUUCUCUGUCACAUUAAGUUGUAAAGUUGCAAUGAAUAGGAGGGUGGGAGGUGGGGUUGGGGAGGGCUUCUAAUCGGAAAUGGAAGGGUACAGAAACAUAUUCUUAAAUUACACAGACCCUGGAAGAAGCCACUGAGGUCACUUUCUCAGGCCUGUAACACUCCAGGUUACUUGGUGUCAUUUCCAGCAUGUUACUAACCUCCCAACUAUUCCCCACACUGUUUAACACAUCAAUAGUAUCUAUGAGCAUGUACACAUUUCUAAGUCCUGUGGAGUCCUGUAGCUCAGUGAUUAGAGCACUCGCUUUG